AUGUUCCGCCACGUUCAGGAGCUGCACAAAAAAUACGGGCCAAUUGUUCGCAUCACACCAGAUGAGGUUCAUUUUGAUGAUCCCGAGAUUAUCGACGCCAUAUUUCCACAGGGAGGCAGGAAAACAGACAAACCGACAUGGCUGCACACUCGAACGGGCACUCCUGACUCUAUUUUCUCCACUAUUCACCACGACCAGCAUCGACAGCGCCGCAACGCUGUUAGCUCGUUCUUCUCCCCCGCAAGCGUGCAUCGACUGGAGAACAUUUUGAAAGAGAAUCUGGGCACCUUGCUCAAGCGUCUAGACCAACAUGGUCGGGCGCAGGAGAUAGUGCCAGUCCAUUACAUUUUCAAAGCCCUUGCGAGUGAUCUGAUUACGUACUAUUCCUUCGAUCAAUGUCUGAAUUUGCUGGAUGCGCCCGACUAUGGCAAAGUUGGCUUCGACGCUAGUGAUGAACUAUUUAUGCUCACUCACAUGGGCAAGGUGUUUCCCUGGUUGAUGGGUCUGUUCACUAGCGCUCCCAGGUGGAUUGUGAACAUUCUGUUCCCGCAUAUGAUUGACAUGCGAGAUCGUCGUGACUGGUGGAUUGAUGCAGUGCGAGAUAUACGGCGCUCACCGGACCCUCAACGGAUCAAACGCACGAUUUUCGAGGGCAUAUUGAGCAGCAAGCUACCUGACUCAGAUAAGACCGAUGCCCGAAUGGCUGGCGAGGCUCAGCUGGUAGUUUUUGCUGGCGAGGGAACGACUGCAUGGACCAUGCAUGCAGCUUUGUUUCAGAUUCUCGCCAACCCGAGCGUCUGCGCUGCUCUCAAAGCGGAACUCAACACGCUGAACUCCCCCUCUGCAGAUGGCGUGGCCGCUCUGGGUGAGGUCGAGGCUCUCCCUUAUCUCAGCGCCAUCAUCCAGGAGACUAUCAGAUGCCACCCAGGCGUCUUGAGCCGACAGAUGCGCGUCUCUCCUGAGGUUCCUAUUGUCUACACUGAUCCGGCCACGGCCAUUGAGUACUCUGUUCCCCCAGGGACCGUGUACAGCAUGUCUCCGAUGGACGUGCACAUGAACCCGGAUUAUUUUGAGGAUCCGUAUACAUUCCGGCCUGAGCGGUGGAAUGAGAACCCGAAGCUGUCCAGAAUGGCUCUUGCGCGACGCGAGGUGGCUCUUACCCUUGCCACCCUGUUUAUGAAGUACGACCGGUACAGCGGCCAGGAUGGGCCCACGAUGGAGCUGUAUGAUACCCUUCGUGCCAGGGACAUCGAUGCUACUCGGGAGUUCAUUGCUCCGUUCCCGACUCCAGGUAGUCAAGGGCUUCGGGUGAGAUUCCGGGCUUAGGGUAGAUGUGCUCCGUCUAUUGCAUUGGCACAAAUAACCUCAACUCAAGGGAGGGGAGGGGGUCAUGAGGGAGACCACACUAGUGAUUGUUGUCGUGAGAGUUAUUAUUGGGUGGUCACAUUGUAUCUGGUUCUUAGUCUAGGAUUUUAAAUACCUUUUUC